ACGUGUUAACCGGAACUUGUCGUGGCUGCCGGUCUGAGGCGGCGCGAAGGGGGCGAUCGGAAUCCCGGUGGCCUCGAGGAGGCAUGAGGAGGAGGUUGGAGUCUGUGGCAACACUAUGGAUUACCUUUCUAAGCCUGGCCUCUUCAGCCUCAUUGCCGGAGUCGCCUGUGGGGUCUGCCUGGGCUGGGGCCUUCGAGGACGGCUCUUCCGCCCAUCCAAAGCCAGAAUGACCCUGCCUGCCAACGAACUGGGUAACGAGGCCAGCAUCAUGGGCGAAGGUGGGGAAUUCAAGAUGGUGAUCGUGGUCCGUAACGACUUGAAGAUGGGCAAGGGCAAAGUGGCAGCCCAAUGCUCCCAUGCUGCCGUUUCAUCCUACAAGCAAGUUCAGCGCCGGAACCCCGAACUCCUGAAACAGUGGGAGUAUUGCGGCCAGCCGAAGGUGGUCCUGAAGGCUCCAGACGAGGAAACUCUUCUGCAGCUCCUGACCGAGGCCAAAUUACUGGGGCUGACAGUCAGCUUAAUCCAGGAUGCAGGACGCACGCAGAUCGCCCCAGGCUGCCGGACUGUCCUGGGUAUUGGGCCAGGAUCGGCUGAUAUAGUGGAUAAGGUUUCUGGUCACUUAAAACUUUUUUAAAGAGAAAAGGAAACAAAUACUGAAAUAGCAUUAGAGAACAUAAUCCAGUUCAUUUUCCUCUGCUCUUUUUUUAAUAUGAUACAUAAAGUUCAUGCAUC